AUGCUGCUGUCUCCAAUGGCCCUGCCCAGCAUGUCCUGGAUGCUGCUUUCCUGCCUCAUGCUCCUGUCUCAGGUGCAAGGUGAAGACACCCAGAAGGAACUGGCCUCUCCACGCAUCAGCUGCCCCAAAGGCUCCAAGGCCUAUGCCUUCUACUGCUAUGCCUUGUUUAGCACACCCAAAUCCUGGGUAGAUGCAGAUUUGGCCUGCCAGAAGCGGUCUCAAGGACACCUUGUGUCUGUGCUCAGUGGUGCUGAAGCAUCCUUCGUGUCCUCUCUGGUCAAGAGCAGUGUGAACAGCUACCAAUAUGUCUGGAUUGGGCUCCAUGACCCUACACUGGGUCAAGAACCCAAUGGUGCUGGAUGGGAGUGGAGUAGUACUGAUGUGUUGAAUUACUUAAACUGGGAGAGGAAUCCUUCCACUCCUUCAGACCGUGGUUAUUGUGGAAGUCUAUCACGAAACUCAGCAUUUCUGAAGUGGAGAGAUUACAACUGUGAUAGAGAGUUGCCCUAUGUUUGCAAGUUCAAGAACUAG